AUGUCUUCGUGCUCGAAGCGAUCCACGGAAUCCAAUUCCGUCGGUGUGAAAUGGCACCACCUCUACGUUGCUUUAGGAACAUCUGCCAUCUCAGAUACAGUGCAUGAUGACCCAAGGCUUCCCAUAGCUCGCGAUCUUCAACUAUCGCCUGAACAUCCGAAAUCCGGGACAGGCACAAGGGCAGUUGUCGCAGUUGGACUAUAUCGAGAGGGUGCUAAAAAGAAAACAAAGAAGAAGAAGGAAAAGAAAUCCUACACACCAUUCUCUCCACCACAACAGGAAAGGAAAGUUGAUGUACUCCCAGCCUCUGGAGAGUAG